AGUGAUAUCUGCACUUGUUUUUAAAACACACACCUCUAUGGAUCCUUUCGAUUUCGAUACCCGGAAACAAGGAUUAUAUGUCAUCAUAGUUGUCGGGUUGCAUGUGAAAAUCAAGCUCCUGCGUUUGGAUUCCAUAAUAAUAUAUUCGGACCCUUAAUCGACAGAAGUCUCAUAGAGAGAAUUAAUCGUAUUACCGGUCGGAUUGUUGAUCACCUGAGUUGGGGAAUCUAUAGAGAAUUAUUCUACUAGUCUACUUCCGGACAGACAGGUAGAGGACGAUGGAAGACGGAGGCAGCUCCCCGCCUGAUCUGAUCAAGGACCAUGGAGAACCCAGUCAUGUUCCCCUUGCCCCUGGCAGAGGAGUGCUGUUCCCUUCAUCGCUCCUCCCUCCAGUCAUCCCCCCUUCACAGGACGACCUGUGGCAGCUACCUGGAAGACUACGUAUAAACCCGUCUCUGUGGGACAAGGAGGAUGUGGUCCACUGGCUACAAUGGGCUCAGAGGGAAUAUUCUCUCCUCAGAACUGAGAGAGGACGGUUUGAGAUGAACGGCAGAGCUCUCUGCCUCCUCACCAAGGAAGACUUCAGACACCGCUGUCCUGACUCAGGUGAUGUACUGUACGAGCUCCUACAGUGUGUGAAGCAGCAAAGAAGGGAGGUCUCCACAUGUCACACAACUCCACCCAUCCUGACCCUCACCAAGCCCCCUCUCAGUCUCACCAAACUCCCCUCUACUAAAUACACCCAGUCACCCCAAACCAAUGGAAGCCAGGGUCCCCAGCCCCUAGGACCCCAACCCCUAGGACCCAAUGGAUCAACACAUGUGUCGAAGUGUCAUCCCACAAUCCCUAGCUCCCAGGAGGAGGAGCCUCUCAACCUGUCCAAUCAGGAGAGGACUGAGAGAGAAGUCCCACCUAGAGAGGCAAACGGCAAGAUCCCAGACUGCAGGUUGCUGUGGGACUAUGUGUACCAGCUGUUGUCAGACCAGCGCUACCAGCCCUUCAUCCGCUGGGAGGACCAGGAGAGCCUGGUGUUCAGGGUGGUCGACCCCAACGGACUAGCUCGACUCUGGGGGAACCACAAGAACCGAGCCAACAUGACGUAUGAGAAGAUGUCUCGUGCUCUGAGACACUACUACAAACUCAACAUCAUCAAAAAAGAACCAGGACAGAAACUACUCUUCAGGUUCCUGAAGACCCCUCAGGAGAUCAAGCGACACAGAGUGGACCGCCUCGACUUAGCAGAUUCCCCUUCACACUCACCUUCACACUCACCCUCACUCUCACCCUCACACUCACCCCGGCGGGACUUCAGUGAGGAUGGUUUGGAGGUGUCCCCUGAAUACAGCGCCCCAAGCUCUAACCCCCUGAGCAUGACGGUAUGAACAUGGGUUCCCCUGUGGUGAGGUAUUGGCUCUCUUGCACUGUGAAAUGGCUAUGCUCUUCAGCAGUAAUCUACAACCCACUAUCACACUGUGGAAACUUUCUGGAAGUUC